UCCAGCCAUGGGCUACCGGGCUGCUCCCCCACUUUUAGUACGGAUGGGCACUAAACGCCGUUUCCCUCUUAGCAAGAAUUCGUACUAAAUAUUCUCGAGGGUGUAUUGGAAUCUCAAACCAAGCACGUCUUGUCCACUCACAUCUUCGACCGUGGACGUCAGUGUCGGCAUGAGGCUGAAUACCUGGUAGAGGUCAAAUCAACAUCAUCACUCUUGCAAAGAUGAGGUUUCGGUGGGCGAUUGCAUCUAACAACACAUUUCUGCACAUUUGCAGGAAAUAUUGUCAAGGAACAGGUGGCAGAGAUCCUGCAGCAUUCUUCUUCAAUGGCAGGGUGCAGAACGUAUUGUUCCAGCUGAAUGACCGUCAGCAUGACCAAGUGUUCAAGCCUCGGAAGCUUGGACAGAAGCUUGAGGCCCCUCAAUACCUCUUCAUGACUGAGGAGGACAUAACCAAAGAGCAACACCGGAUCUCCAGCGGGCUGCGCGAGAAGCUGCAGGUGCCGCCUGUUCUGAAUGCACGCAAGCCUGUGGAGUGCACCCUGGCCACAGAUCCUGGUCUGGUCGGUCUGUAUGACAGCAAGCUGGUGUGCAUCGACAUCUCGCCAGACUUGUCGGAUCGGAAGCGGAUGGUCUGUGUCCGUGAGACGGAUGGGACUCUUCGUACGGCCAACUGGGACGAGCGAUCCAGAAUGUGCCAGAUAUUCAUACCCGUCGAGGGGAGGAGCGUCACAACUCCAAUGAUGUUCACAGAGCCACAUCUCAAGGCCUGCCUUGACCGGGAGGACUACACGCUGGUGCUGGACCGCGCCUGCCUGCAGUUCGAGCCGGACGACCCCGACUACAUCCGGGUCACCAGCGCCACCUACGACCACGUGGACGGCACGCGACUGUACGACCGUCUGCAGAACACGCGCCACUUCGGCGCGCUGGCCUUCUACCUGGCCUGGCACCGGCGCAUCGACAACCUGCUGCUGCACUUCAUCCAACUGGAGAAGCUGGACAAGGCUGUACACUUGAUUGCCUUAUUUCGACUCCUGCGUUCGACGGAACCAAUCAGCGAAGAGGCCACGCCCUCUCAGCAGACCGGGAGCCAAUCUGUCAGCGAGUCGACUUCCGAUUCAGACUCGUCAUCCGACUCAGAUCAGGACGCAGAGGAGGCCAACAUCGACGCAAUACGGGAGUACAUUGAGACGGCGUCGGUGAAGCGAGCUGUGCUGGAGCUGGCGCUGCAGCAGUACCAGCAGGUGGUCCGCGGACGCCGAGAGCGGGCGCCGUUGCGGGCCGACGCCGGGCACUGACCGCUCCGACGAGCAGGCCGUUACAGCCGCCGGGCCUCCGCCUCGGGCCGGGGUGGCGUGCUGCGAACCGACCGGGUCGGGAGAGGCGCGAGGCUGUCCGCCGUGUCAUUGUGUGGUGCUGAGGGCCAUGCUGUGUUUCGAUUGAGCCACCCGCGGCCGUGGUGCAGCGUGGCGUACGUUUAAACGGAAUAUAGUGUCUGACUGCGGUCUUGUGUAGUG